AAAGAUUAUAGUCCGGCGUAUGGUAAAAGCGCGUAUGGUUGUCCAUAAGAAAAUAACCGAUUACUCAGACCAAUGCAACAUACAUGAAAACUCGCGCAAGCGCUAUACUAUAGACAAUAAUAAUCGAAGUAAGAGAUACAGGUAUAUGCGUUCUGCUGAGAAAAUUUCAGUUUUAGUAUUGCGAAAGAUUUCCUAACGCGAUCAUGACAACUAUUAACGAUAAGAUCAACCUAAAUCAUAAUUAUAUAGCUGACAUUAAUUACAGUUUGCAAGUAAAUCGUUGGCUUUUAAAACCAAUUGGUAUUUGGCCAUAUCCUAGGACAUCAUCAACGACAAUUAAAACUUUUUCCUUAAUUUUAUUCCUAACGUGUAUUGGAAUAUUAAUAUUUUCAAUAAUAUCGUGCAUAUUGAAUAUCUUAUUCGAGGAAGAAGAUCCACAAGUGAAAUUGAAAACGAUAGCACCCCUAAGUUAUUGGUCGUUAUCGUUAAUCCGUUAUUGUACACUUUUAAUUAGAUCAAACGAUAUUCGUAGAUGCGUUGAUCGCAUAGAAAUAGAUUGGCAAAUGAUCACAAAAAUCGAGGAACGUGAAACAAUGCUGAAUUGCGUGAAAACUGGCCGUUUUAUCGUAUGCUUCAGUGCAAUUUUUAUGCACGGUGGCAUAUUUGCAUUUAACAUUUUCAAAGGUAUUACACCUGUAAUCGAAUUAGUCGGUAACGACAGUGUUUCCAUUUACCGAUUACCUUAUCCAUUUUAUAAUCAAAUUUGGGAUAUCAGUUAUACCAUGGCAUAUCGAGUUAUACUUUUGUUACAAUUCGUUGUAACGUUCAUUGUUAAUUCCCAAUUUAAUGAAAACGAAUUUGGAACUACUGCUAUAUAUGGUACAAUAUUCGUAUCCGUAGCGUAUAAUAUUUUCAUAUUUUGUUACAUCGGUGAUAUUCUCUCGGAACAGUGCAGAUUGAUUGGUAUAGAAGCAUAUUUAAUCAAUUGGUACAGUCUACCUGGAAAAUCACCUCUAAGUAUAGCACUGAUCAUAUUAAGAUCAUCUCGCGUAACCAAUCUCACUGCUGGAAAAAUUAUUCCCUUGUGUAUGGCAACAUUCAGUAACGUCGUCCAAACAUCAUUUGCAUAUUUAAACAUAUUGCGCAAAGUCGUUAUCUAAACUAAUUAAAAUAAAUUUAACAAUUACAAAUUAGAAGAAACUCACAUGUAUAAUUAAUAACGAAUAAAAACAUAAAGAUGUAAAAAAAAAUGCAUAAAAUUAUAAAAUUGCGUGAAUAAUAAUGCGUAAAUAAAA